AUGGCUCAGGAUGGGAGCGUCGCCCCUGCGGACCCGGGGGCAAUGACGGUUGUGAAGAAGAAGACACAGUCUUCGAGGAGUUGGAUUCUGUUCGAUGCCACAGGGCAGGGUUCAUUGCUCGACGUGGACAAAUAUGCAAUCAUGCAUAGAGUUCAGAUUCAUGCGCGUGAUCUCAGAAUACUUGAUCCCUUGCUCUCUUACCCAUCCACCAUUCUCGGUCGUGAGAAGGCCAUUGUUCUUAACUUGGAGCAUAUCAAAGCAAUUAUCACAGCUGAAGAGGUAUUGCUGAGAGAUCCAACAGAUGAAAAUGUGAUCCCUGUUGUGGAGGAGCUGCAAAGGCGGUUGACUCGAUUAGGUGCCGGUCUUCAACUGCAAGGACAUGGUAAAGAGUAUCUUGGUGGCCAAAAUGAUGCCGAACCAGCUGAAGAAGAUGAGUCAUUCUUUGAAUUCCGGGCCCUGGAGAUUGCUUUAGAAGCCAUUUGUAGUUUUCUUGCUGCACGUACAGCAGAAUUGGAGAUGGCUGCUUAUCCGGCUUUAGAUGAACUUACGUCUAAGAUUAGUAGUCGUAAUUUGGACAAAGUUCGUAAAUUGAAAAGUGCAAUGACAAGAUUGACUGCUAGAGUUCAAAAGGUUAGAGACGAGCUUGAACAAUUAUUGGAUGAUGACGAUGAUAUGGCUGAUUUAUACCUGUCAAGAAAGACAGGUUCAGCUUCACCAGUUAGUGGAUCAGGUGUUGUAAAUUGGUUUGCUGCUUCCCCCACCAUAGGUUCAAAAAUAUCUAAAGCAAGUCAAGCAACAGGUCGUUUAGAUGAACAUGACGUGGAAGAACUUGAAAUGUUACUUGAGGCUUAUUUUAGUGAAAUAGAUCAUACAUUGAACAAAUUAACCACGCUGCGAGAGUACAUUGAUGAUACUGAAGAUUAUAUUAAUAUUCAACUUGACAGCCAUCGUAAUCAGCUGAUUCAGUUAGAGCUCUUUCUUAGCUCUGGAACUAUUUGUCUCUCUAUUUUCGCUUUGGUGACUUCUAUAUUUGGCGUCAAUAUUCCAUAUGAUUGGAACCAGAACCAUAGUUACAUGUUCAAAUGGGUAGUUCUUACCACAGGAUUCUUUGUAACUUUGUUGUUUGUCAUGAUUACGGCCUAUGCUCGCAAAAAGGGAUUAGUUGGAUCGUGA